AUAUUUUUCCAGCUACUCAAUUCGACUCUUCUGGUGAACUCCAGGAAUAUGUAUAUGCAUAUAUACACACACACUCAUGAGGAUGUUCCAUUCCUCUCUGGAAUGGAGACCUCAGAAGUUUGCAACCGAGGUAUUGGCUGGGGGCCGUCGCGCUCCUUCAUGCCGCGUUCAGCGAGAAGCAGCAGGCUUCUCGGGAAGGUUCGGUCUUGACAGGCUAAGCACUACUAACAUAGCCUGCCAGCCUGCCCACCAUGCCGGAUUUCCCCUCCUCCCCCAGCUUCCCCACGUAUCGUACUUAUCCAUCAGCGGAUAACCAGUCUUGUGCCGAGUAGUCCCUAGGUACCUGAUUAUCGCUCGUACGAGCACUUGUUCCUUUUUCUCUCUCUUCCCACUGAUCUUCAAGCCUCAACCUACACCCACAGGAAAAGCAUGAGGGCAAACGUCAGACUCUCAGCGCCGCUGAUACGAGCAGCUACACAGCAUAUCCAACGAAGGGCCUUUUCUGCCUCCACAGCUCGAAAUGCUAAGUGGGGGUUCAUAGGCCUCGGCCAGAUGGGUAUGUUGGAAAUCGCGUUAUCAUUGAAGCACAAAAAUGGCUAAUUUCAAGCAGGAUAUAACAUGGCGAGGAAUCUACAAGCCAAGCUACCUUCGAGCGAUACUCUCCGUGUCUACGAUAUCAAUCCCGAGGCCGUGAACAAAUUCGCAAACGAGACGAAGGCUUUAUCGGGAGGAGCUGCUGUUGAGAUUGCGUCAAGUGUUCGAGUGGCUGCAGAAGACUCUGUAGGUUUUCCCCAAACAGCCCAUUGCUACUCUUCAAUAUGAUGAGUUUGUUCCAAACAAAUGAUCUAAGUUGGGUCCCCGUCUUGGGUGUACCUUAUCGUGAUUCCUAAAAUUACAACAAAGCCAAUCCUCUGAAUUUGCUACAUUUACCCUCCUUAAUUACCCAAUACCUUCUUAGAAAUUACUCUAAUUGUCGGAGUUUAGGAAACUACAAUCACUGUACUCCCCGAGCCGUCUCACGUAAAGAACGUUUUUGGUCAAAUUCUCAAACCGCCGCUAUCCGAAAAAGUUGUCCCAAAUCCAAAUCGGCUCUUUAUCGAUUGCUCAACAAUUGACCCUGCUUCUUCUAGAGAGGUUGCCAAUGCUGUGCAUGCGACCCAACAAGGCCGAUUCGUGGAUGCGCCAAUGUCUGGAGGGGUUGUGGGAGCUACCGCCGGUACCUUGACUUUCAUGGUGGGAGCGUCUGAUUCUAUGGUAUCGCGACUUGAACCAAUUCUUCUCAUGAUGGGCAAGAAGAUGCUCCACUGUGGGAGUCAAGGCGCUGGGCUCUCCGGAAAGCUUGCAAACAAUUACCUUUUGGCCAUAAACAACAUCGCCACCGCGGAAGCUAUGAACAUGGGUAUUAGAUGGGGUCUUGAUCCCAAAGUCUUGGGAAAUCUGAUCAAUAUUAGUACUGGCAAAUGCUGGCCAAGUGAAGUCAACAAUCCUGUAGAUGGAGUUGUUCCUGGCUCCCCAGCUUCAAGAGACUACAGCGGUGGCUUUGGCGUCAGUUUGAUGAAGAAAGAUUUGAAUCUUGCAAUCCAAGCUGCUGCCGAAGCAGGAGCCCGUCUCGAACUUGGCGACAAAGCCAAAGAGGUAUACGAGGGUGCUGAGCAGCAGGAAGAUUGCAAGAAUAGAGACUUUAGUGUCGUCUACAGAUACAUUGGUAGCGAGCAACAGAAGAUCUGAAGGCUGAAGAGAUAAAGCUGAAGGCCAUUUCAGCUGGCGGUUCGGAUUUGGUAGCAUUACUGGGACGGACGGAUACACAUAACAGUUGGCACUCCCCAAACACUCUGGCCCUUACUUCCUUUCCCUUGAGGAUCGGUUCAAUCUGUGGUAUAGGCCUAUUUUUGGAGGGAGAAGAAGAAACAGUCGUCCUCUUACUCACCGCGUUGUCUGUCCAUCAUAGGCUUCGAGGUCCAUAUUUUUCGGGUCAACAUCUUAAUCAAAUAAAGAAUAUUAAACAUCCAAAUUUGCUCUCCUAGCUCAGAAUCUCGAAGUGAUUCCUGAAGGACCCUGUGAACAUUGAACGGAACUUUCCUAUAUUAAUGGAAUGAUGAGGCAUUGGGUGUUGGGAGCCGCUGCGUGUUUUGGUAGACCAUCAGGGGAGGACUUAAAUGAGGAGAUUAGAAGUAAGCACUUCUGUUAUUAUCAUCCAGAAACUUGUUUCUGAUUUACUGGAAUAAUAGCAUACAGAAAAUGCAGUACACAGGCAGUACCGUAAGGGUAACGAAUAAACAGCGCUCUCGUUAUUCUGAAUUAUCUAGGAUAUGGUAAUUCCGAGAGUCUAGGAUAACGAGAUUAAUCAACUGAGCGUUUGGAGAUAAGAGCUUCACCC